UGUAUGUGACCAUCCUUAUGCACAACCUUGUGUCUCCUGACCUUCACCCCGAAACCUCGUUGUCAGCCGGACACUGUGUGAACACCUGCUUCUACAACCUGACAUGCGCAUCAGUGUUCUAUGACCGCAGCCGGAAGCUGUGUUACCAGAGUAACACCUGUUUUAAUGACAGAGUACGAACACUAAAAAGCCAACCUGGAGUUACUUACUACAUAUUCCACAGAGCUGAUUGUCCAGACGGAUGGGUAUACCACAAACCAACGAAUAAAUGUUUCUAUCUUUUCGAAGAACUGAAGAAGAACAUUGAUGCUAAAAACGCUUGUUUGGGUCUGAGCGGCAGGUUGUUUAAUAUCUACUCGGCAGCACAGAAUGGCCUAGUGUACACUAUGGUCAAACGAAGAGGGAAAGACAUUUGGAUCGGAAUCACCGCUGGUGGCGAUGUCUUGAAAUGUCACAAAGGGCAGGCGCCAGUCUUCUUCUACUGGUCUGAUCCUCCAGGAACCUACAACUGUGUGGUGUUUAACUCUGGUACCAAGAAAUGGUUAAGAGUAAAAUGUGGAGACCUUUACUCUUAUAUGUGCGAGAUUGUUGUACCUGAAAACUGUAACCACGCGUAAAAUCUUUAUACUACUAACCGGACUCUCCUUCAACAAUCGAACUGCAAAGCUGUCGACGAAGGACAGUAUAACCAACUAGAAUAUCACAGUAUCAAGAAUUAAAACUUGCAUCUAUUUCUAAAAU